UACUAGAUACCAUCUUUGUCUGGGGGUAUUUCUUAUAUAAGACCAUGCGAACGAUAGUCUCUUCUUAUUUAAAUUUCAAAUGAAGAAGUGAAAGAGCGAUGGAUCCGGGACAACUUUAUUACAACGACUGCCUUAGGAUGCGCUACGAAAGGAAACUCGGGCCGCUUGAGACCAUGUACCAUGUGUUUUAUACUCGCGGCGUCGACAUCUAUGCCCAGAUGGCCACUCUGAUGUGCAAAAAACCUGUAACACUCGAAGAGGUCAGCGAAGCUAUGGUUUGCUUGUUGAAACGACAUCCGAUGUUGCGAAUGACCAUCAAAGAGACAGAAGAGGAGUAUCCGGAUUUUAAAUUCGUCGAAAUGAAUCCCGUAAAACUCGAUAUUCGAAUUUCACGAAACCAUGACAAAGAAACUCUUUUACAUGAAGAAUCGUGCAAAUCAUUUGCUGUUAAGGAUGGUCCGCUUUGGAGGCUGACUAUCGUGGAUAACAAAGCUGAAUACCCUGCAAAUUCCAGUAGGCACGACUACGAAUUUUCAUUCGUGUUCUGUUUUCAUCACAGUUUGGCGGACGGCAUUUACCUGCGGACAUUAUUUUCCGACUUCAUUGAAUUCUUAGACAUGGUCCAAAGAGAUACAAUUAACUCAAGCUCCGUGAAAGAAAUCGAGAUGUUACCAGCCAUCGAGUCUCUUUUACCGUUACUAAGCCCCAGUCGAAGGGUUAUUUCUUCCGAGUGUAGCAGUGAGGAUUCUUCGAAAGUCGUUGACGCUCUUCAUGCGUACGAGGCUCACUUCUACAGUGAAAUACAGAAGUUAAAGAAUCGACAUCAAUCAACCAAGUCCAUCAGAUCGCAUUUGCAACCAACAAAGUCUAAAAACUUUCUAUUUCAGUGUAAGCAAAAUCACGUGACUGUUACAGGUGCUUGCAUAGCCGCUUCUUGUAUCUCCUUUGGACAGUUGAUCAAAGCAUCAAUUUCGAGCGAUAUCAAAGUCUUAAACAUUCCUGUGGAAAUUAUGGUGAAUAUGAGAAGAUAUACGCAACAUAAUAGCAUGUACCAGGCCUACCCCGGUGUAGCCGCUGUUCAUCUUCCACUAACAGUCAAACUUCCGCUAAGCGAGAACCUACAGGAACAUUUUUGGUAUCUCGCAAAACAGUGCACAGACGACAUCAACAACAUGCUAAUUUCGGGAUACCCGCUGGAAUACAUGUCAACAGAAGUUGUUCAUGAAAUUAAUUCGAAACCCCAAACUGGAAAAUCACCAUAUGUUCUGUGUAUAACUAAUAUGUCGUCUGUCGACGGAAUCGUGAAACCGAAACAGAGAAGUAGGUUUCAUUUGAAGGAAUUCCCCGCCAUGACCCAAAUCGGGAUCGACGACAUGCCGAUAUUUUAUGUCGGGAUUCUAUCCAUGGCCCAGGAGCUUCACCUGGAUAUUGGGCAUUGCCAAAGGUAUACGUCACAAUCAACAGCUGCCAAAUUCUCGUGGAAUAUUGUGUCCAUGCUGCAAAAUUUCAGCAAUUUGUAACAUCUUUCGGUGUGCACUUUACAGAUUACAGAAUGCCAGUGUUUCUCUUUCCCAAAGUUAACACCUUUCUCACUCACUCUCUCUUUCUCCAUAAACUAUCAACUUCGCGCGAUAUAUCUAUCUAAAAAUAUCAAGAGUACCAAACAAUUUGAAUAUUCAUUACUACAUUUCAAACAUUUGCUUUUGAAGAAUAAUCAACGAAGUGUUCUACAAGGUAAAAACAGUUGCGCUUAGUUUUCAUGAAUGAUAGUCAAAAAUAAAGAUUUCAUUAAAAAAUA